AUGCCGCUCAAUCGGUUUAAACUCUCUGUAGUUGUCACAACGUUGAAAUCCUCACUUGUGAGAACCUCGGAACUGGCGUCUCAAUUCUUUUCGUUCGAACUCUCCCAUUCUAUUCCUAUAUUUUUAUCUCUCUAUCUAUCCAUGUCAGUUCCUCCCUAUCUAUGUAUAUCAAUUCUUUCAUAUCUAUCUAUCUAUCUAUCUAUCUAUCUAUCUCAGUUCAUUCAAAUAAUUCUUUAUGUGUUCAUUCUUAUCUAUCUAUCCAUUAGUUCUUUCAAAUUCAUCUAUAUCAGUUCGUUCGCAUAUAUUCUAUUCUAUUCUAUUCUGUUUGCAAAACUGUAUCAUGGUUCCGUUCAAACAUUUGCACGUGACCACCGCAAGGCAGCCAAUCGUCAAACUUUACCCGUUUCAUUCGUCAUGCCGACGCGUGACCUGAGUUGGGGCUAUAAAACAAAAACAAUCUGA